ACGAUAAAUCCAGCGCUACUAAAGUGGCAAUCCAGCUGACGUUUGGUUGGGAGUUCUUAUCACCUAUCGCAAUGCUCGAUGAAAGCGCAUAUCUGAUGUUGUAACAUGGAUGUUAUGCUGGAGCAACGGACGCGACGACAAGAAAACGGUAUAACACCUCUGUGCUGCCGAGAGAAUGACGACGAGAUGUGUGGGUGGCAGGACUCUUGGUGAGCGUGCUAUUAGCCUAGUCGUGGCCCCCAUCUCACGCAUUGUGGACUAAGACCCCGCCCCCAACUAGAGACCAGGCAUUUGAUCCUGAAGGACUCGUGGCUAGAGGCCCAAUAAUUAACCACAAUCGCUCAACACGUUCUCGAACGUGUGCCACUUGAACGCCAUGUUUUCGUUCGCGUCACUUCUUUUCAUGCCUCCCAUUUGUCCAUGCUACAUGCCGCUUCCAUCCGGGCGUGUCUCCUGCGCCUUGUUUUGAGAGAGCUUUCAAUGGCCCAACUUCAGCCUUCUGGUCUUACGAGAGUAUUCACAGAGAGCAAAAUUGGAGGUGCCACCUCUAAUGCCGAACCGGAUACCGCCCAUGGCGUCGCCUCAAGCUCUGCCAGAUGUGUAAGCGUUCGAAUCAGCCAGCAUAGCACAAUCGCGGAAGACCCGGCUUCCCAGACACCGAGAGCUUCGCGAGGCUCCUUUCCAGAUGUUGAUAUCGCUACAUUGAUUGAGCCAGAUACCACGCAGCCAGGACCGCAGUCCGCAACGCCCCUCUACCAAGCCGAAAGCGCAAUCCCACGAACUAAUUUCGAACAGAUUGCCCGUAGACGUCACAAGAAGUCCCAGUCCGACUAUGUGGGUUCCUUCCUUCGCCGACGGAAAGAUUCAGACGCCAGCACGUACCGAAGAUCUUACAUAGUUGAGAGUGCUCAUGACUUAUGGUCAUCCGUCCGCCACUCUACAAUUCAGGUCGAGGAAGCGACAACCCGCAACCGACAUCGUGAUCCAUCUACUCCGCGGAAGAUACGCAGAAAGCAGAAAGACAAGCAACAGAUGAACAUUGAUGACGCUUCUAGUCACAUGAAAGAUCGCCUGAAGGAGGCCGUGGUUCACUCAGGUAUGGGUGGGAACCGACGCUUCAUCCCUAGGAGCGUUCUCGAUAGAAUCAUCGACCAGAAAUCUGUGGAAUUCGAGUUAACGAGGUGGCAGUAUCUGCCGCGCAAAUACUGGCAAGCCUGGAGGCGACCUACUGCUGUAACAAUCGAACCAAAGCUAGGUGUAGACGGUCAACCAAUUGGGAAGACUUACCAGCUCAUAUUCGCAAUAUUACUAGCUCUCCAUCGGCCGUCCAAGAUUUGGUCCUUCAUCGAGAACGGAGUCUCUGAUACGGAUUUGCCGCUUGUGAAACACUCACAAGGUACCAGACGCUUCGAGCUUCGGAGGAAGCAAGAGCCGAGAGCCCCCUUGAAGUGCUUCAAGAGGUGGACUUUUGACGAGAUUGGAAGCUUCGCAGAACAGCAGUGGGUGUUCUUGGCCCCUUGCUUUGAAAGAGCCUCUGGCUGUGAGAUACCACAUGUACGAUUGGAAACAGAGCAUGUCCUUCCAUUCAGUUUAUGGUCUCCAAUACAAGAUGGUGGCUAUGGGGAGGUAUACAAAGCGGAGAUUCCACCCGGUCAUCACAGUUUCGGAUCCUGCAAGAGUACCCCAUACGCAGUUGCUAUCAAGAAACUCACCCCCAAAAAAGGUGAAGACAUAGCCCGCGAAGCAGACGUUCUGCGAGGGCUCAGUGGCGGUUCCCACCCCAACGAUCAUCUCGUAUCGCUAUUGGCAACAUUCGAGUACAACGGAGGCUUUUAUCUGAUUUUUCCGCUGGCCGAUGCAGACCUGCAAAGGUUUUGGAAAAGAUCCAAGACUUGUACAGAUCCCUACACGGAGAGAUGGAUGCUUGAACAAAGCUUUGGAAUCGCCUCCGCGCUUUACAAGAUCCACCGCUACGAGACAUUUCCACGAACAUCAAGUCUAUACAAGUCAGCCCAUACAAGAAAGUCUACCAUGGCAAAACAAGAGCUUGCCAGCAUCCUGGAAGGCAACGAAGGAAAUCCUGGACGUCGUCUUUUCGGCCGCCAUGGCGACAUCAAGCCGAAUAACAUCCUUCAUUUCCCUAAUCUAAACCUUGCAGACGGACUCGGCACGCUCAAGAUUACGGACUUUGGCAUCACUCAGUUUAGUACCGAAGACAAGAGGUUGCUGAAGGACGGCGAAAAGAUAUCAUGCACUAGUGCCUACCAGUCUCCAGAAUGUGUGUUGGAUAGAAGCAUUAGCACCGCAUGUGACAUCUGGGCUCUCGGUUGUGUUUAUCUAGAAUUCGUUUUGUGGUACCUGCGCGGUUAUCAAGCCGUCGUGGCCUUCUCCAGAGCGAGAGAUCGUGGCUAUGAAACAGAUACCUUCUUCAACAGGAUUGGUCAAGACGAGCUCACUGGAGCGCCAAUGGCGGAAAUCAAACCUUGUGUCGUCCAGCUGAUCCAUGAUCUACGCACAGAUCCAUCGUGUACCUUGCCUCUGCGGCGACUCUUAGAUCUUAUCGAUAUCAGGAUGUUGGUUGGGACAAACUCGAAUACUAUACUAACACAACGAGGAAGCCAUCAUGACGAUUUUCCCGCCUAUUCUAACGAACGAAUAAGCUCAGGAACGCUCAUGAAAGAGUUAGGGAGCAUACUACAAGAUUAUGGUAGUCUGGGACCCUAUGAGUUCUGAUGUCAAGAUUGACACAGCACUACAAGAGUUAAUGACACCUAAGCAAAUACGUAUACUUUUCUUGCUCUUGGGAACGUACAUCACAUUUCACUAUUGACACGAGUCCUCUCUUUGCAUGUGCACUUAUCAUGUACGCAGGCUUGACAGAAAAUCGUUCUCGGCCGUAUCACUACAAACACCUGUCCCUAUUCGACUUGUCAGUUGUACGCUUCAGAAGC